AUGGCACGCAAACUAAGUCACCAGAGGGUCACCUACGUCCUCCCUCUGCCUGAUGCACCCGGUGGGCACCGGUUGGGGGUCAAUGGCUUGACUGUCGACCGUCAGAACUCCAUCCUCUACUCCGCGGGCCGCGACGGUGUCAUCUGUUCCUGGGAUCUCGACUUUCCUCUUUCCUCUGCGUCUGCGCUCUCGUCUCCUGGCCAGAAGCCCCGUCCGACCGUCUUCAAAACCCAGGUCCAAGCACAUAGUCAUUGGAUCAACGACAUAGUCUUGGCACAGGACAAUUCCGCGCUUGUUUCGGCCUCGUCCGACACGACCGUGCGACUCUGGCGCCCACACUCCGAGUCAACCGAGGUCCCGGAGCGCAUUGGAAAACAUACCGAUUAUGUGAAGGCCCUAGCGAGCCCCGGUAGCCAGGCUACUUGGGUUGCCUCGGGCGGUCUCGAUCAAAAGGUUUACCUCUGGGAUUUGAAUGGCGGCGGGGAGAUAUUGAACAUCAAUGCCGGCGGGGAAGACUCCUCGGGUAAAGGCUCUGUCUAUGCGCUGGGUGCGGUCUCGUCGGUGCUCGCUAGCGGUGGCCCUGAGAAUGUCGUCCGAGUAUGGGAUCCCCGGUCUGGAAAGCUUGUGACGAAGUUCGUGGGCCAUACGGACAACAUUCGUGCUAUUAUGAUUAACCAGUCCGGCGACACAAUUAUGACGGGGUCGUCUGACCAGACGAUCAAGAUCUGGUCUCUCACAGCGGGUCGAUGCAUGAACACCCUGACCAUGCACAAUGAUAGCGUGUGGUCUCUUUACUCGGACCACCCCGAUCUCUCUGUCUUCUACUCGAGUGACCGUUCCGGCUUGGUGGCGAAGACCGACAUGCGAGGAUCGGCCGAUCCCGACCAGGGCCUCUGCGUCGCCGCACUACAAGAGCACGAGGGCGUUGUCAAGGUUGUGGCGGCGGGAGACUACAUCUGGACAGCUACCCCCAAGUCUAGUAUCAACCGCUGGCGAGAUGUUGACAUCACGGUGGGGAUCGAGCCGGCCCCCGACCCAGCACGUACUAUAGACUCUGCUGCAAAGCCCGCAACCCCAGAGAAGGGACCGAAGAAGGUUCCAUAUAAUGCUCUUUUGCAGUUAUCAGCGACCUCGAUUCUUGGUGGCGCAGCCCCUAAACUUAAUUCCUCGGAGCCUAACUUGGCGACAAUUGACCUGACAAUUCCGGUUCAUUCACAGCCCGAGGAAACCAUUGAAGGCCAACACGGCUUGAUCAAGUGCUUGAUGUUGAAUGAUCGGAGGCGCACACUUACUCAGGAUUCGGCAGGAGAAGUUGUUCUCUGGGACCUGCUGAAGUGUAUUCCUGUCCAAACCUUCGGCAAGCGUCAUAUGGAUGAUGUUGAGUCAGAGGUAAACACCGUUGAUAGUAUCGGACAUUGGUGUGCCAUCAACGUACGCACUGGCAGGCUCUCAGUCAUUCUAGAGCCCAAUCGCUGUUUCGACGCAGAAGUUUAUGCCGACGAGAUCGAUCUACCACUAUCUGAGCUGUAUCAAUUUAGGGAUGAUCAAAGAAUCAAUCUCGGCAAAUGGAUUUUGCGCUGGCUGUUCGCUCUGGUAGUAGACGAGGAAGUCCGACGAGACAACGAUUACCGCCAAACUGCCAUCGCGAGAGCAGAAGAAAAUGCUCGACUGAAUCCGCUGACUACCUCGAUAUCUGGCGAUGAUGUCCCUCGCAGCAUUGGGAUUCCGAUAUCGAAUCCUCAUCAUAUGUCGACUCUGCGUCCCAGCUCAGACUUCCCUGGUAGCCCGAACAUCGGCUUUGGCAUCAAUGUUGGCACACCAUCGUCAAACUACAUGAGCACUUCCAUGCAGAGCAACUCUCCGUUCCCCGCAUUUGAACCAGACACACCUGAUGCCUCGGGGCUAACAAAUUCCCAUGUCGAUGGCGGGGCAUCAUCCUUUUCACCAAGUGACUACUUCUCGAAAAGGCCUCUAGCGGCCCAACAAACCGACACCGGCAAGUCUCUUCUGUCUCCGUCGGAUGCAACUCCAGGAGUUCCUCAAUCCCCCGCAGAGCCUGAUAAGGAAGAGCGGAAGAAGUCACUAUUCGGAAAAAAGUUCCAAAUGAACUUCCCCAAGAAGUUGGGUCGCAAUUCUACGGAGACGAAGCCUCAGAUAUUAGAAGAAAAGGUCGAAGAGUCGGAGAUCUCCUCUAUCAAGGAAGAGAAGGUCUAUGAGCCCAAUCUCUGUGGCGUCGUUGACCGCAUUCGUGACGAUUAUGAAGAAUUUCUGGCUACAAAUACAGAUCGAGAGUUGGAGACGGCUCUUUCUCCUAGUUCUGAGGAGGAAACUCCGCGACUGGAUAUCCCAGCCCGGACUGCAGUCUUCAUCCAGGAGGAAACUGGCGAUACUGCCGUUGCCUCGGAUCUCUACAGAGGUACCGUGGGCCGCGUUGGUGAAGACCUCGAAAGCCUUAAGAAAUCAAUUCCUCAUUGGCUCGGUGAGCUUCUUCUGAAGAAUCAAAUUCCCUUCAAGGAGCAGGUCAAGAUCGCCUUCGUAUUGAAGCCUUUCGAUGAUACCUUGCCGCCAGUCGUCAAACCCGACCCGCCAGCUCCCAAUGGUGCCCCUCCGGGAAAUAUGAACACUAAUAACAAUGGCUCUCGUCUUAAUGCCAACCGCAUGCUCCGAGCAAAGAAGGUUCUUGCUUAUGUCGCAGAGCGCAUCGACCCUGCUAACCCGGAUGAACCGGAGUCCGUUAUGCCACCAGAGGAGUAUCUCGAGCUAUACUGCCAGAAGACUCUGUGUCCACCAAACAUGACUCUAGCAACGAUUCGCACGCACCUCUGGCGCACCUCCGGAGACAUGGUUCUCUACUACAAGACAAAUGGCAAGAAAGAGAUUCACCCGCCCCGGUCUCUCCUGGGAAUUGAUGAGAACCAUGUCCUUGUGGAAGAAACCCACAUUCCGAACGGGGAUAGCCACGCACAUGCACCACCCGGGAGUAUCCAUUCUGUGACCAACUCGGCCUCUGUCGCAGGCUCUGCUAUCACCUAA